CCUUCUUCUUCCACACCGAUUCCCCUUUUUCUCUUUCCCCCAAAUCGGUAUCUCCCACUCACUCUCCACAGAAUAUCACUUAAUUCUCCAUAAAUUAACUCAAAUUCAUCAAAUCCAGCAUUAAAUGCCCUCUUUUCCCACUUUCAAUCGAUCCAAAUCUUCCCCAAUUUGGUAAUCAAUGUCCUAUUUAUAGCUCAAAUCAAUCUUUCAGUGGAAAAUGUUGCGUAUUCACUCUGGAUCCGUCUCUUAAAACCUUGCAAUCACGUCUCGGUGUUUCUGAAACCAUCGGGUUGAUUAAAGGGGUUACGGUUUUGGUUUUGGUUUUGGUUUUGUUUGAAGUUUGGUUGCGAUCUGUGACAUGAAGAUCGUGGAUUUGGAUGAUUCGUGUGAGGUGAAGAAUAGCAAACAAAUUGUGGAUUAUAAUUAUAGUCGGCAGAUUGUGACGGUGGAUGCGAAGAGAGUGUUAGUUGGUGCUGGAGCUCGGAUCCUGUUUUACCCUACGCUUUUGUAUAAUGUUUGUCGUAACAAGAUUCAAGCUGAGUUCAGAUGGUGGGAUCAAAUUGAUCAGUAUCUUCUGCUUGGUGCCGUUCCAUUUCCAAAGGAUGUUCCACGAUUGAAGCAGCUUGGUGUUGGUGGUGUCAUCACCCUCAACGAACCUUAUGAAACUUUGGUUCCCACGUCCUUAUACCGCGCUCAUGGUAUAGACCAUCUUGUUAUACCGACAAGAGAUUACCUAUUUGCCCCCUCGUUUGUUGACAUUGAUCGAGCAGUAAAUUUCAUUCACAAGAAUGCAACCAGCUGCCGAACCACAUAUGUUCAUUGCAAAGCUGGGAGGGGGAGGAGUACGACGAUCGUGCUUUGCUAUUUGGUGGAAUACAAGCACAUGACUCCUGCGUCCGCAUUGGAAUACGUGCGAUCUAGACGACCUAGAGUGCUCUUGGCUCCAUCUCAAUGGAAGGCGGUUCAAGAAUACAGGCAGUGGCGGAUAGCUUCCACCGCCACACCAUCACCAUCAGGGGAUGCGGUUCUGAUCACAAAAGCCGAUUUAGAAGGGUACCACAGCCCGUCACAAGGAAAAGAACUGGCACUCGUUCCACGGGGGGCAAGAACCCGACCGAUGAUAGCGAAGCUGUCGUGCCUCUUUGCAUCUUUGAAAGUUUCCGGUGGCUGUGCACCAAUCAAUAUGAAGUUAACUGAGGCUCCCGCCUGUUGAUUAAUCCGGUCAUUAGCGGCAAGAAGUUGUUUGGUGCUCUUGGUCUUUUAAAAAAGAGGAUCGUGCAAUAACGGAAUAACGAAAAAGAAAAAAAGGGUAUUGUUAUCAUCCGAUCGUAUGUCAGGUAUGAACACUUCUGUAUAUAUAUGUUUGUUUUAAUUAGAUCAAACGUAUCUCGUUGUUAUGAUAAGUAAUCUCGUGGUUUAGCGGUCGAUUUUGGUGUUUAUUUGGGGAAUGCAAUGAUGUAUGAAGUUUGUUGUUCUAUGUUCAAUAUGG